AUGUGCAGCCUCGCCAGCCUGGUGCAGCUGGAUGGCAAGGCAGGGCUGCUGGACGAGCACCUGCUGGACCUGUAUAUCUACUACGCGCUUAUGGCGGUGCAAAGCCCACAGCCCAGGACGCGCGUGGGGGGGGUGGCGAUCCUCUGUGGCGUGGCCCAGCACUCGCAGGCGGUGCUCGGGCUACUCCCUAGCUUCACAGCCCUCUCCAACGACGAGUGGUGGGAGGUGCAGGCGCAGCUCCUGCGGCUGGCAGCGCAGCUACUGCUGCGCCUGGCCGGGGAGCGCGGUCAGGCGCCGACGGAGGAUGAUGGCAGUGCCAGCGGAGCUAGCAGGGCAGAUGAGACUGAGGCCAGCGCAGAGACUAUGAUCGAUGAGGUGCUGGGCAUCAUCAGCAGACUCUUUGUGGUGAGCAACUCCAAGAACGUCUUGCAGGUUGGUCUCAGCUCGCUUGUCUACGUGCUGCCAGAGUACCCCAACCUGCUGCCCAACUUUGUGGCCGUGCUCUUGGCCCAGCGCCCUGACCUUCGGCAGCGCUUGCUGACGCCGGAGGAGCGAGUGCGACGCAGCUACGUACACGGCAAUGCCACCUUUAUGUACGAGGAGACUUGCCUGCUGGAUGUGUGGCCUCACCUGGACAUUGCCAAAACCCUGGCCAUGCAACUGGAGGCCAUGCAGCUCCAGCGCCUGGAGAGUGAGCACCUGGAGGUUCUCCUUGCGAGCCUGCCCUUUUUCUUUGAGGACGAGGACGCGGAUGAGUGGCUCCACGUCUUUGCAAAGGUGAAGCAGCUCCUCUUCGCUGCGCUGGUGGAGCCUGAGCUCCACGUGCUGAGUGGGCAGAUCGUGAAGAAGUUCUGGGCCUGCGGUGCCGAGACGCUGGCGCAGGGAUGCAGGGAGGGCUCCAGGCCAGACUUCCUGCAGGCGCUCCACUUGCUCUACACGCCCGACACGCACCAUGUUGAGGAGGCCACCCUCUUGGUUUUCCUGCGGGAGCUCAAGCAUCACAACGAGGACCUUCAGUCCGAGGUGGAGAGCUUGCUGGAGGCCUUCAUGGACGAGUAUCCUGAGGAGUACCAGGCUUCGCAGCUGGAGACCGUCUUGAAGGACGCGUGA